CACUACUUCUUCUAGUAAGAACAACAAAAACAAACAAAAAAGAUGAUGAAAUUAGUUGUUGCUGUCGCCUGCCUUAUGGCUGUUGCUAAUGCCGGUAUGUACGGUAUGGGUCUUGGAGGAUUAGGCAUGGGAAUGUACAACCCUAUGCUUAUGGGCGGUAUGUACAACCCUAUGCUUAUGGCUAGUAUGUACAAUCCUAUGCUUAUGGGCGGAAUGUACAACCCAAUGGCUAUGAUGUAUGGUGGACUCGGUGGUCUUGGAAUGAUGGGUGGUUUAGGAAUGAUGGGUGGUAUGGGAAUGAUGGGAGGUAUGUCACCCUAUGGUAUGGGAUUCGGUGGUGCUGGAUUUGGAACACCUGCUGUAGGAGGACAAGAUCCUUCCCAGGGAACCUUGAUUAUAAUAAAAUGUCGAGUCAACAAACUCGUUAGUCACCGAAGUAUCAAGCAAUUAGUCAAAAUGACAGUGUAUCAGCUCGUAAUAGAUUAUGCUAUUAUGUGCCGUGAAAUCGAACCCCCAUCAAUAUUUGACAUUGCUUUCGAGAUUAACCCUGGAGUGGGCUCUCAAAUCCUUCCACCGGCUUUAAAUUUAAUCUCCUUUUUUCAGUUAGAUGAUUGA